AUGAAGGCGCAAGAGAUCCUUACUAUUGACAGGCCGGAUGCCUCGCAGAUGAACCAAGAUCUGAUGCAGGCUUUCCACGAAGCACUUGAAAAGAAUCCUGCUGCCGACCUUUUGUCGGUUAUUGGGAGGACAUACGUACUCGCCCACAGAACAGUUCAAUACCGAAAGCACUCGGAGGCAGGCCGUUAUAAUCUUCGAGUCAUAAAUAAUCUCUAUGACCAGGUUGUUGGCAGCCCCGAACUUAACUUACGCGACCAUUUCCCCUCAGACUAUGACCGCAGAUACAGAUGGGCGAAGCCAAAACCAACAGUACUCGAGCCACAGAAGCCAGAGAAGCCGCGCGACUGGGUCUGCGAGAAACUUGAUACCAUUGCCACUGCGAGUGUUGUUUACCCACUGUCAGACCAGGCUUCAGCACUUCUCGUACAGUAUUCCAAAUCAAACGAUUUUUCUGAUGAGAUAGCACUUGCGACCUCGUUGAAGCAGUUGAUAUUAAACUCCGAGAGGCUCUUUGAACUCAGUAUUAGAGGGGUUGUGGUUAAGUGCAACGACGACAUCGUGAUCAAGGCCUUUCCAGACAGCAGAGAUCUUACUGAAUACCAUAACCUUCAAUAUCUUGCCAACCAUGCUCCAGAUCUCCCAGUUCCCAGAGUCCAUGGCCUGAUUAUGCUCGGGCACUUCCGCGUGAUGUUCAUGUCAUACAUACCUGGCGUAACCAUCGACAAAGUAUGGCCGAGCCUAUCCCAUGAAGCAAAAGUGUCUUUGAAGGGCCAGCUGGGUGACAUAUUCUCAAGGCUCAGACGCCUACGGCAGGACGACGGGUAUGAAUUAGGAGGCGUUGGUGGAGAAGGAGCAAAGGAUUACCGUAUCACAGAAGUCUUUGCACACAAAGGAAUAACUACUGCAAAAGGAUUCAAUGACUUGCAAUUCUCUGUAAAGCAUCGUGCUAGUCCACACUACGUCAAGCUGCUUCACUCGUUUUUGGACGACCCAAAUAGAACCCUGCGAGGUUCAGUGUUUACCCAUGGCGACCUGAAGAAGUCAAAUAUCAUGGUAAAGCAGGACGCAAGUGACCCUAAUCAUUAUGAUAUAGCGGGUAUAAUAGAUUGGGAGGACGGUGGAUUCUACCCUGAAUAUUAUGAAUGCACUACAAUAUCAAAUGGGCAGAGCAUUCUAAGCGAUGACGAUUGGUACCUUUAUAUGCCAGACUGCCUCUCGCCUUUACAAUUUCCCGUGUAUUGGCUGGUAGAUCGUCUUUGGGGCAAUCUCUUGUGGAAUUGGAGGACUGAUAUAGUUCGGUAG